AUUUCUAUGGAUCAUUUUAUCAAAUUGUUGCCAAAAUUGACACCGCAUUUGAGAAAGGGUGAUUGCGGUAAAAUGGGAGUAAUUGGAGGAUCUCUCGAAUACACGGGUGCACCCUACUUUGCCGCUUCUUCAGCAUCGCGACUAGGAGCUGAUCUUAUUCACAUCUUCUGUGAUCCAGAUGCGGCUCAAGUUAUUAAAGGAUACUCUCCGGAUCUGAUUGUACAUCCUGGAAUGACGGCAAAUUCUAUUAUUCCCAAACUUUCCCGAAUGGAUGCAAUUGUGAUUGGUCCUGGAUUGGGACGAAAUCCAAACAUUUGGCCACUUAUGCAGGAACUUUUCGAAUUCGUCAGAAAUAGAGAUGUUCCAUUUGUAAUCGAUGGGGACGGUCUUUGGUUUGUGUCUGAGCAUAUUGAAAAAUUCCCACGGCAAAUGUCGGCUACAGUACUCACACCGAACAUUGUUGAGUUCUCACGUCUGUGUAAAUCGGCUCUUGGUGAAGAGGAUGUGCUCAAUGUGAGAAAUAAUAGCCAACUACAGCAUUUGGCUGCCGAGUUGAGUCGGAAAAUGAAUGUUACGAUCUAUUUGAAGGGAGAAGUUGAUCUAGUGGUCACCCCGAACGGCGAAGUAUCGAAGUGUUCAACCGAAUCAAGCUUACGUCGCUGUGGUGGUCAAGGUGACGUCACUGCUGGAAGUUUGGGCCUUUUCUUGUAUUGGGCAAAAAAAAACCUUGGCGACGACUGGACAUCAGCUCAUCAUGAAGCUGGAAUUGCUUCAAGUUGGUUGGUCAGAACAGCCGGAAGACGUGCAUUCGAAAAACAUGGACGAUCAAUGAACACUCCACUAUUGCUAGAUGAGAUUCCAAAACUGGUACGAGACGUUGAGACUCGAGAGAUGAAGGACACCGUUCACACGGACAGCUCUAAACAUUGAUUUAUGACGAAUUAUUUGGAUUAUAUCAGAUAUUAUCAAUCUACUGUAAUAAAUUUAUAUAUCUAUGU